AUGCAGCAACCUUCCCUCCAAAAUGUUCGCAUACGUUCAACGAGAGAUGCACUUCACAUCUUUCAUGCUGUCGCGAGGAAUGCGCUCCCACUUAUAACACGCCGAUUGGAUGCUGAGGAACGACGGGCUAUCGCCCCCGGAAACGUAUAUGUCUGGGAAGAGCGCAGUGCAAAUUCUGAGGCUACAGGUCUCGGCAUGGAACGAUGGACGGAUGGCAUGGGCUGGGGGCCAAGUAGAGUCCGCGAUGAAUUUCUGUUCUAUCAGCAGAAAGAAUGUGAUGUAAAUGAUGAUCCAGGUAGCUCCGGCACCCCCUGGGCACAAAUGAUUAGCAUGUACCCUUCUUCCCGUGCACGUGCCACGGGUGAUUCUGAACGCUUGAUCAAGCAAACUUACAGUGUGCGUGUCUCAUUACCUGAUGAUCGCACCCGAGGUAUCACCAGAAAAUGGCACUUAACUGCCUACUUCAGUCAACAGAAGCUUGAUCGGCUUAACACAAUCGAUAAUAUACAAGGCGUCGGGGAUGUUCCGGUUCCAGACGGAUGGUUCCGAAGUGCUCGUAGAGACGCCAAGACAAGACGAGAUGAUGACCUACCAAAAAAUGUGGUCGCAAAGCAACUCUCGCAAUUUCCCAUGGAGGGCGUACUUCCCAACAUUAAUCCGGUUCAAUCCGGUUUUCAAUCGUCAUUUCACGCUUCAAAUUCCAAUCCUUCACCUCGCUCGGAGUGUCCUUCGCCCCCCUCAUCGUCAUCCUCAGGACCUGCUACCCCAAGUCCACGCAUCAGUCCUACACAUCUCUCGGAGCAGUUAGUUCCCCUCGAAUACCUUCAAGGUCUUGCAUAUCCGAGGCGCGAACCGAUCGAUGAACAAUUCCUUCAGCGUUUUUCAACGCAGAUCAUGCCAGAUUAUGUCUCGAAGGGAGGAGGCCGGAGUCGCCCCCCUUCAGUGGGACACCCUGCUUUACGCUCGAUAGGGUGCUCAUAUGCCUGA